AAAUGAAUAUUUUUCAAGCGAUCAUUGUGUGCGUUUUCCUCUCCUGUUCAAAAGGGCAAUAUAGCAGGACGAUUAUUCAUCAAACUAAACUUGGCGGUGUAACUGGACUAGAAAUUUUAUGUGGAACUCAAGCGGGAAUUUUAAAGUUUCUGAAUAUACCCUUCGCUGCACCUCCAACAGGAGAUCUACGAUUCGCUAAACCAAAGCCCUAUGGCGCCUGGAGUGGAACACGUAAUGGGACGACCCCAGGUCCUGCAUGUGUACAGUUGCCAGACUCUCGUUAUACCGCAGGGGGGAUGAGCGAAGAUUGCCUUAAUCUAAAUAUUUAUGUUCCUUAUACCGUGGCGUCUGAACACAAAAGAGCGGUUAUGGUAUGGAUUCAUGGUGGUGGCUACAUUUUUGGAUCCGGGAGUUUCUACGAUGGAAGUAUGUUGGCCUUGUCUGGCAAUAUUAUUGUUGUAACUUUAAACUAUCGACUCGGUAUCUUUGGAUUUUAUAGUUUGGAAGGAACCUCUAGAAAAGGGAACUAUGGAUUAUGGGAUCAAUUAUUAGCAAUACAAUGGGUAAAAGAUAAUAUAGAUGACUAUGGUGGGAAUCCAGAGAUGAUUACAUUGUUUGGAGAAUCGGCCGGAGGGUUCAGCGUUGGACUCUUGUCUCUUAUACCGAGAUAUAAAGGCUUGUUCCAGCGAAUUAUUUUGCAAAGCGGUACGGCCAACUCUCCUUUAGCUCUGGGAAGCACGAAAAUAUCUUCUAAGAUUAUCAGUAACAAAGUUGGAUGCAAAAUGGAAGAAAAACCAGAUUAUAUAGUUGAUUGUAUGCGGAGCUUACCAACUGAUGUAUUGCUGCAAGCAAUAUUGGACUUUGCAAAUGACCGGCGUAAUUCCACGCACAGGCUGAUAACCAAUGUCUUUACGCCUGUUGUAGAUAAUGAUCUUUUCAAAUUGUCCCCAAAUAAGAUUUUUCAAAAUUCAUCGUCAGAGGAGUAUGUAUACUUCAAAUCCAUAGACUUGAUGGUUGGAAAUUGUGACAUGGAAGGGUCGUUGUACUUAGAAACCUCUGAAGUUCUUACUGCGUACGGACUAAAUAUUACCGAGGCUAUUCCGAAAGCAUUCUUUUGUAAUAAACUUAUUCCAACAGCGGUAACUGAUCAUUUUAAUCAUUCGCACAAAGUAUCUGAAGCAAUGUGUAGGGAGUACGGGAAAGACGACAAUAUUACUGAUGGUAGUGUUUCAGUGCUGCUAUGGUACUCCGACUUAUUUUUCAUUGCGCCUAGUGUGUCCACUCUGUUAGCCCAUUCAACCAGAAAUACAAAACAUACAAAACAAUUUCAGUAUAUUCUGAAAGAAGGAUUGCCUAUUUUCUUGGGAUCACAUCCACCACCUUGGUUUAAAGGAUCUGCCCAUACCACUGAUGUAAUAUUCCUGUUUUUUAUAGAAGAUGUCAGUGUUGUUGAUGUAAAUUCGAAAUAUAAAGCCAGUGAUAAUGAUUUAAAGUUGUCAGCCAUCAUGAGAAAGUAUUGGACUAACUUUGCCAAAAGCGGGAAUCCGAAUUCUGACACUCUUCCAUAUUGGCCCAUAUACAAUAAAACCACACAGGCUUACCUAACGCUGAGUGGUAGUGAUAUGUCUAUUGAGAACAAGUAUAGAGACAGAGAAAUGGAUUUCUGGUUGAAUGCCAUUCCUCAGGUCUUUUCAAACUCGCAACAAACUCAACUGGUUUGUAGAAAUAGCCUAUUCCUUUGGAGUAUAUAUAAUUUCUGUUGUUUGUGAAAUUAAGCGCGGUGUUUAGUGAUAGUGUUCAUGGUAUGUAUGUCAAUCGAAUGUAUAUUAAAUACACGUACUCUG